AUGCUGAAGCUGUCACCCAUUCACCGGCUCUAUGGCUCGGUCCACUGGUACGGCGUCCCAGCUCCAGAUGCCGACAGCUUCGACUGCAGCGGCGUCAUCAAGAACCUGCAGCUCCUUCGCGUCACUUGGAGUGCGAGUCCAGACAUUCUCGCCCUGACCAGCGCGAGCACCAGCGCAGAGCACCUACGUGCCGCUGGCGUCAUCGCCGGCCCUGCCGCCUCGCCCCACCAUGCAGCCCAGCGAGGGCUCGAGCCUGCACCCGGCAAUGUCAAUGCUGUGCAGAGCCGACGAGGCACCAUGCCGGCAGCGGGUAGCCGGGUGAGCGGCGCAGAUCUGCAGCGCUUCGCGCAGGUGGGCGGUCGUACUGGUGACGCUGGACAGCGAGCCCAUCGCCCCACCGAGGUUUCCGGCCGCGAGCCCCGACGAACAGCGGCGGGGCGCGCCCGCCGCACGGCAUGCUGCUGCUGGUAG